AUGGUGAUACCUGCGUACAACGAGGAAAAGAGGCUUCCUUCUACGAUAAAUGAGACUCUAAGGUACCUGGACGAGCGAAGCUUUGACGAUGCAAACUUUACGUACGAGGUGACAAUCAUCGACGAUGGAAGCGAAGAUUUGACGUACAAUGUGACACUGGAUCAUGCGUCGCGGUUGAAAGUGAUCAAGCAAACACCAAAUCUCGGAAAGGGUGCUGCGAUUCGCAAGGGAGUCCUCUGCUCUCGCGGUCAGCUCGUGAUCACAGCAGACGCGGAUUCAGCAAUCUUCAUACGAGACAUGGGGAAACUGGAAGAGAAAGCACUGAACCUGACUGCAUCAGGAGAUCCCAUAGCCGUGUUUGGCUCGCGCUGCAAAGUAAAGGUAGACGAGCCUCUCUACUUUGGCUCGCUCCAAGACUUAACUCGUCGUGAUUUUGAUCUCUUUAGCGACCUCUUCUUCGAAGCAUCAUGUCGAAGGUGGGCUUUCGACGUGGAGCUGAUCUAUCUCGCCAGACGCCUGGGAAUCCCAGUGUACGAGGUGGCCGUGAACGCCGUGGACGUUACCGGAUCCAAGCUUCGCCCUUCCAGCGUCUGCCACGCGCUGUACGAGAUCACGAUGGUGGCCAUAGCUUAUGGACUUGGCUUCUGGGAGAUUCGGUAG